AAUCGGUAUCGGGUGACGCAUACGAACAACAUCCGCAGACAACCAAGAAACGCAAUUUGAGGAAAAAAUCCAAAUUUUUGCUAAGUCCGGGUGAAAAAGCAGACCAGCCAGGAUGAGUUUCUUCGGGAAAAUGUUUGGCGGCAAGAAAGAGGUGGCCCCCACCACCGGCGAGGCGAUACAGAAGCUGCGCGAGACGGAGAACAUGCUCAUCAAAAAGCAGGAGUUCCUGGAGGCCAAGAUCGAGGACGAGCUGAAUAUAGCUCGCAAGAAUGCGUCCAAAAACAAACGAGUGGCCCUGCAAGCCCUCAAAAAGAAGAAGCGCCUGGAGAAGCAGCUGCAGCAGAUCGAUGGCACCCUGUCCACCAUUGAGAUGCAGCGGGAGGCUUUGGAGAGCGCCAACACGAACACUGCCGUUCUGACCACAAUGAAGAAUGCCGCGGAUGCCCUCAAAACAGCCCACCAGAACAUGGAUGUGGACAAGGUGCACGACAUGAUGGACGACAUUGCCGAGCAGCAGGACGUGGCCCGUGAGAUUUCCGAUGCCAUUUCCAACCCAGUGGCCUUUGGCGCCGAUCUCGACGAUGAGGAUCUCGAGCGGGAACUUGACGAGCUGGAGCAGGAGAACUUCGACAAGGAAAUCAUUGGUAUUCCCGAGCCGGCACCCACAUUGCCCGAAGCGCCCACAGAAGAUUUGCCCGAGAAGGCCAAGGAGAAGAAGAAGGCGGCCGCAACGACAGCUGUAGUGCCCGAUGAUGAUGAUCCAGACAUGAAGCAGCUGCUGUCCUGGUCCAACUAAAUUAAAGCGCUAUCGAAAUCUCCCCACUGUUCUGCAUAUUCACCCCCGACCCAAUCUUCUUGUUUUAAUUAAAAACAGAUAAUGUUAAUUAAGCCAAAAUUUUAGUUUGAAACGAAGGAGAGAAAAACAAGGCAUUAAUUCCUUUGGCAAUCAAAUGGGUAACAAAAUAGGAAUGUGAUUUAACAAAUAAACGAAAGGAGCAUAGUCAGGCCACACAUCAGCUAACAUAGAUACCCCUAUCGAAAAAAAUAUUGUAUUUUCACAUUUUGUUGGUACUAUUUUGUGAUUUUAUUUGUUUAUUUUCUUUAACGCAAAUAAAUGGCCGAUUUGGUUGGCCGUCAACUGAUUGCAGAUCCAAUAUUCCAACCAACAAAAGUAGCUUUUUUUGAAACACCAGCAAUAUGUUUUGUGGCACUCAUAUUCCCGCAGACUUAGCUUUGUAUUGAAUAACUUACGUAAAUAAAAGUAAGAAACCACUCGACUGCAACUUAAUGCGAGAGGUACAGAGAAAGAAUAAACCAAAAUAUUUUAUUAAAACGGUUCUAAUAAAUCGGCGGAUAUGAAGCUUA